AUGACGGAAGGGGCCAACGUCAGCAGCCACGGAAACUCCACGAAUGCCAGCUUGGAGAACAUCAUCGUGCGGAACUUGGAGCACGACUUCGCAGAGGCCAACAAAUUCCCGGAUUUGGAUAACGUGACCAAUGACACGCAAGGGCGGCACGGCCUUGGGCAAUUGGGUGCGAACCUUGAGUUCAUGAUGCUCAAGUUGGCGCAGCUCGUUGCUGGGCCGUGUUUUAAUGAAGAAACCAUUGUCGAGCUGCAGCAAGUCGAGCUCAAUGAGCUGAAGGCGUGUGGCUGCGCGAAGAAGAACGCAAGCCUUGCAGAGAUGAAAGCCAAGGAAGAAGCCAAGGCCUCCCACGCGCACGAGGUCUUGAAGAGAGUCUUGCAGAAGCACAACCACCAGAGGGACAAUCGUGAGUUCGUGACGCCAUCAUCCAAGCACAGAGCCGCUUCAAAGCCGUCCCAGCAAUCAGGUCCUGAAGGUGUCAAGGAGCAACUUAUCCAGCGCCAGCAGAAGCAGUCCAAACAAGCCAAGUCCAGGAAGGCAAAUUCCAAUGACACAGCUUUGGACGAUGUGGUCGCUUCCAAGUGGGUGGAUCCCUUUGUGUCAGUCGCUGAAGAUGUCGGUGGAGCCAUCACGGACGGCACCGGCAUGGUGGGCGAUGCUUUAGGCGAUGCCUACGAGGCUGCCGCAGACCAGGUUUCAUUCGUUGCAACGACCGUCAUCGACUCUGUGGAAAUGGCUGUUGACAUUCUGAUCCGAGGCUUCACGGACUGGAAUGCUGGUUGCGAUGAGAGCAGCUGGCCGUCCAUGAGGAUCGAUGCAAGUGGCCUUAACGUGAACUGGGGCCGGCAGAAGUGCUGGGUCCGGCUCAUGGGGCAGACGUGCAACCUCUUCGACUUCAACUUUGGAACGACUGACCUCAGCUGGCCCGAACCAAUAAAGACAGUCGCAGAGUUCGGCAUCACCUCGGUCAAGGCGCUCUUCACCAUGGGAAAGGAGCUCGUGAAUUGCGCCACCAUUGGCUCACCCGGUGAAGUUCUCAAAUGCUUCGGCAACAAGAUCAUUGAGAAUGUGCCCCCAUUGAACUUCUUGAAUCGUUUGAGUGACGUUCUCACGGAGUUCAUUCUUGUCUUCGCCAGGGUUGCAUCCGCAGUGGUGAAGCAGGCGGUUUUAGCGGAUGGCCAGUCGCUGGUGCAGGAGGCAGUCACCUCCGAGUUCCCAGCUGCGGGCGCCCCACCAACGCUUCACCACUCGGGCAAGAGCCUCAUGAUCCAAACGCAUACGCAGCGCGCUCCGGCGUCGCUGAAGCCCAAGGAGAACCGCUCGGAGAGCUCUGCACUGCAGGAGGAGGCGGAGCGCAAGCGGGGCGAUGGUCCUAAGGAAGUGAUUAACUUCAAGGUCAGCGCCAUCGACGCAAACUACCGCACGAAGCUCAUCACCCAGUUCAACGGCAAGGAGGUGGACACAACCUCUUGCUUGGCCUUUGCUCCGAAGAACAAGACAGGGAGUCACAACCAGGCCACCAUGUCUGACUGGCAGGUCGACAAACAAGAAGAUUUCAUCAAGCUGGAGCCGUGGGCUGUCCCCUGCAGCAAUCUGUGGAUGAAGGACAACUGGAACAAGUGGCAGGGCUACACCUUCUACAGCUGGGAGAUGCCUCUGGAGAAGUGUGUCACGGUGACAUACUCCUUGUCCAUGCAGCCGGUCUUGGCCUUUGUUGGCGGCCUACAGUUCGACUUGAUGCCCUCGCCCCUGGCGGCCCUGGACUCUCAAGUUUGCUGGCCAGACAAGCAGCCGGAUGGUGUGGACCUGAGCGUCCUGAAGACACAGAUCCGCUCGGGCGGCAUGUUGCUCUUCAGCCGCACUCUUCGCUUGACCCAGCGCUUUGGCGACAGUACUGAUUUCGUGAACGGCAACAUCCAUGGCACCCACGAAACUUACCGUGGCCAGUUUGGGGUCGCUCGCAAUGCUGCGGAGAACGGGCGUGGCUUGGAGCCCAUGUCCAGGACGACCUCGCUCCCAGGUGCUAACAUUGCGCAUCUUUCUUCAAGCGGAGGAGGUUCAAUGUACUGUAGGGCUCAGGGUCUAGGAUUAUAG